AUGGGUUGCGGGCAGAGUUCAGAGUCCAAGGAGGGCAAGCAGCGAAAUGAAGAGAUCGAAAACCAGCUGAAGCGGGACAAAAUGAACCUGCGAAACGAGAUCAAGAUGCUGUUGUUGGGUGCUGGUGAAUCGGGAAAGUCGACAAUCCUCAAGCAGAUGAAGCUCAUCCACGAGGGCGGAUAUUCAAGAGAUGAGCGCGAGAGCUUCAGGGAGAUAAUCUUUUCCAACACUGUGCAGUCAAUGCGCGUCAUUCUGGAAGCCAUGGAGAGUCUGGAGCUUCCGCUCGAUGAUCAGCGCGCCGAGUACCAUGUCCAGACCAUUUUCAUGCAGCCCGCGCAGAUUGAGGGAGAUGUCCUUCCUCCCGAGGUUGGACAAGCCAUCAAGACGCUAUGGGCAGAUGUCGGCGUGCAGGCCGCCUUUCAAAGGAGUCGAGAGUACCAGCUCAACGACUCUGCCAAAUACUACUUCGACUCGAUUGAUACGAUUGCUUCGCCCACGUACAUUCCAUCAGAUCAGGACGUACUACGAUCGCGUGUCAAGACAACGGGCAUCACGGAAACCACAUUUAUCAUUGGCGAUUUGACCUACCGGAUGUUUGACGUCGGCGGUCAGCGAUCCGAGCGAAAGAAGUGGAUACAUUGCUUCGAGAACGUGACUACCAUUCUGUUCUUGGUUGCAAUCUCGGAAUACGACCAGCUUCUCUUCGAAGACGAGACCGUGAACCGCAUGCAAGAGGCGCUCACAUUGUUCGACUCUAUCUGCAACAGCAGAUGGUUCACAAAGACCAGCAUCAUUCUGUUCUUGAACAAGAUUGACCGCUUCAAGGAGAAGCUGCCAGUCUCGCCGAUGAAGAACUACUUCCCCGACUAUGAAGGCGGCCAGGACUACGGUGCCGCUUGCGAUUAUAUUCUGAACCGAUUCGUAUCGCUCAAUCAACACCCGACCAAGCAGAUCUACACCCACUUCACCUGCGCUACAGACACCAUGCAAAUACGAUUCGUCAUGGCCGCAGUAAACGACAUCAUCAUCCAGGAGAACUUGCGCAUGUGCGGUUUAAUAUAAGCCAAGGUGCAAAACGACCCAGGCUAUGCAUGACCAUACACACCGAGCUCU